ACUAUACCUCACUACUUUUCCACCGAAAGCAUGAAAGCAUACCACGAAUGACAUUCAGGAACGCAACCGAUAUCGCACAUCGUAUUGCGGGCACGGUGUGUAUAUAAUACUGAGUGCACGUGUGGUAUUUCUAAAACGUGCAAUUAUGGAUGAAGUAAAUAAAGUACAAUAUCUCAUCGUUGAUACGAGUGCCUUUAUAAGUAAUGCUGCUUUACAGGACAUUGGUGUAAAUAUCUUGACCGAACAAGCUGUGGUUGAUGAAAUCAUAAACAAGAGACAAUUAAGAAGAUUGGUUGUCUUACCUUAUGAUUUGAAGGUUCAAGAGGCUUUUACGGAAGAUGUUAAAUUUGUAACUGAAUUUUCUAAGAAAACUGGUGACUACACUAGUCUGUCUGCUACCGAUAUCAAAGUAAUUGCGCUUACUUAUCAACUGGAAAAAGAAAAAGUAGGGACGCAUCAUUUGAAAGAUAUUCCAACUAAAAGAGUUAUUAAAUCUAGCACGGACAAAGAUAAUAAAGAUAAUCUUGAGCCAAUUGGUUUUUAUAUGCCAAAGAAAAAGGAGAAAACAGAAUUAAGUACGAAUAAUGAGGCAGGAACUUCUCUGCAUAAUAUAGAAGAAACAGGUGUUGAAGAAAAUGUACAGAUUACAGACAAUUCAGCAGUAAAUAACACCAAAAAUUUAGCACUAAAUAAUUUAAUAUGCAGCAUAGAAGCACAAAAUCUACCUGCUUUGUGUACGUUUAAUGCAUACGACUCAUCUUUGGAUGAAUUAAACUAUGAGACAGCAUCUGAAUCAGAAGAAUGGGAAGCGAAAGGCUUGUCUGAGAAAUUCGCCAAGCUGAAGUGGGAUCCAACAGAUUUAAAAGUUGAGGGCGAGAAUGAGAAUAAAGAUCUUGUGGAUGAUAUCCUUGUUCAAGUUGAUACAAUAAAAUCUAACCACGAACAAGGCAAUGUGGAAUUAAUCGAGGAUCAAGAUUAUGAUGGCGAUGACAAUGAUAGUGAUGACGACGAUGACGUUGAUGAUGAAGAUGAUGAAAAUGAAGAAGAUGAAGACGAUGAUGGUGGUUGGAUAACACCAGGCAAUUUCGCUAACAUUAAGAAACAAAUGGAUUCAGCGGUGCUCGAGGGAAAGGCCGCGACCGUAGCGUGCUUAACGAUGGACUUUGCGAUGCAAAAUGUACUCAUGCAAAUGGGAUUAAAUGUGGCUACGUUAGACGGUAGACUGAUCAAGCAGAUGCGGACAUUUAUAUUCCGAUGUUACGCCUGCUUUAGAACCACCAGCAUCAUGACGAAGGUGUUUUGCCCGCACUGCGGUAACAAGACGCUGAAGAAAGUGGAGGUCACAUUGGAUGAGAAUGGGAAGCAACAGAUUCACAUAAAUUUCCGGAGGCCUCUCUCGACUAAAGGAAAGAAGUUUUCCUUACCAACGCCGAAAGGUGGGAAGCAUUCCAACAACCCUAUUUUGUGCGAGGAUCAACCGAUGCCGGAUCAACGUCCGACGCGCUUAGCACGUAUCAAGAACAAUCCGCUCGAGGAUGAUUACAUAGCUGGAUAUUCUCCGUUUAUUAUGCGCGACGUGAACUCGAAGUCGGCUAUGUUGGGCAUAAAACCCGGCGGUGGUGGUGUCAAAUACUGGAUGAAGAGAAACCCCAACGAAUCCAGGAAGAAACGAAAAUAAAAAUUAAUAAAGAUCAAUUGCUGAA